AUGUUUGUUCGUCUCUUGUCCAUAGCGUCUCUCUGCUUUCUCGCAAUUGCCAAUCCCCUUGUUCGCCGCCAGGCAAGCAACCAGUGCGACACAGGCAACAUUCAGUGUUGUAAAGAGACUCAGACAGUCGAUGAGUACAAUAAGAAUGCGACGGCACAUGGAACGAUUCCCAUUGACAUGAACAUCCUCGGUCGUGUCGGUCUUAGCUGCACCCCAAUCUCCGUUAUUGGCACUGGCGCUGGCGCGACCUGUUCCCAGGAGCCACUCUGCUGCAGCAACAAUCAAUAUUUACCUUUCCAGUCCGGGCUCAUUAACAUCGGCUGCACGCCCAUCAAUAUCAACGCCUGA